GAGAAUUGUCAUAUGAUAAAGGCAGAAAUGUAAUGAGAGAUGUACUGUACCCCGCUAUUGCCCGGUCCGUCAACAAUUACUGGCUCUACGCCAAUGCACUGGAUCGCAAUCCGAACUGACAGCUCCGACCUUCCACCCGAAUCGGGGCUGGAACCCCGCCCUGGCCCUGGCCCUGGCCCUGGCCCUGGCCCAGUGACCGCAUCACCACCGGCUCGUCCUCCGUCGAUAACGAUAAGUUCUCCAACUACUCGUAAGCUCCCCCGUGCGAACCCGUCCUAACCACCAAACAACCCUACAAUUCACCGGCCAUCAACCAGGCAACGCACACACAAUCACGAUGUCUUCCCCAAACCACUCACCCCCCGGCAUCCUCCACGAAUACG